GGUUAGUAAUGUCAAACGCAAAAUUGAAUAAGCUAUGCAUGGAAGAAUCAGACCCAAUGCUCAAAACCAUAGUACGAUGCAAACAUGGAAGUUUGUUGCAUAUGCAGACUUCUUGGUCGAAGUCGAAUCCCGGAAGACGAUUUUGGUCUUGCCCCUACUAUGGUGAGAACAAUUGUCAUUUUUUCCGAUGGAGAGACAGAGAAGAAAUCGAUCCAAGAUCCCAAUUUAUCCUCCCAAUAUUGGUGAACAAAAUCAAAGAGUUGGAAGAUGAAGUUUGGAGGAGACAGAUUCAAAUCAAUGAGCAACAAGUUCUGAUUGAUAAUUUUACAGUAGAGAAGAGGUUCAAACGAAGAAAGUUGAAAUGGUGUACGUUUGAUUGGAAGGUCAUUUUGUGUAUUUUGAUUUGUGUUGUUGCCUUGUUCAUCAACAACCUAUUUCAAAGUAGGGUUCAUUCAAGUAUUGAACUAAUUGAAUUGCCAUAACAUAUGUGAG